UCCACCGCAAGUAUCAUAGUAAUUCUACAUACAUACUACUCCUCCAAGUGAUCCACAAACCCCAACCAACAAUGGCCAUCGCAGACGUCACCUCUUUAAAACACCUCCUCUCCCACUCUUCCACCUUCACCAUCCCGGCAAGAGCAUUCACGGAGGACUACAAUAACUGGACGAACUACGCCCUCACCACCCCCAAAGCUGUUGUCAAGACCACCAAUGAAUCCGACAUCCAGACCGUCGUCAAAUUCGCCUCUGAGCACAACCUUCGCGUCUCCGUGAGGGGUGGGGGGCAUAGUGUGUUUAAUUCUUGUGAUGGGAUAAUUCUUGACUUGGCGGGGUGGGAUGAAGUUGUUUAUGAUGAUGGCGAUAACACCAUUAGGUUUCGGCCUGGGGCGUUGAAUGGAAAGGUGAUGGAAGUUGCGGGGGGGAGGGGGAGAUGUGUCAUGAGCGGAACAUGCAACACCGUCGGGAUGACCUCCCUCUACCUCGGUGGCGGCCUCGGCCCCCUAGCACCAAAGCUCGGAAUGGCCAUAGACUCGCUCCUCUCCGCCCGCCUCAUAACCGCCUCCGGCGAACUUCUGACCGUAAGCCCCGAAUCCAACCCCGAAGUCUUUCACAUCCUCGCCGGCGCCGGACAAACCCUUGGCGUCGUCACGGAAAUGCAGAUUAAAACCUACCCACUCAACGAAACCCUAAACACCACGGACGAAACGGUAUUCUUUGCGUCGAUGACAUUCCCAGCAUCCCGGAUCGCAGAGGUUGCUAACUUUUUGAGCUCUGCGAAAUGGGAUGAGAAUACCGCGGUUUACCUCUUGCUCGUAUCUCCACCAGAGGGAGGCGCGCCUUUGUUCAUUUUCACCGUGAAUUACUAUGGCAACGAUGAGGAUGCGAAGAGGGUAUUGAAGGGGUUGUACGACUUGAAGCCUAUCGCAGAGACGGCCAAGAGAGUGCCAUACGUGCGGAUGAAUGAUCAUAGCGAGGGCUCCGGCGAGCGCGGGGAGUUUAAGCGCAUGACUGGGGUGGGGCUUAAGCGGGUGAACGUUGAAGGAUUGAAGGGGAUGGUAGAGGCACUUGAGAAUCUGCUUUCCGCGGGUGGGGAUCUGGGCAAGUCUUGUGUGUUGCUUGAGUUUUUGGGGAUGGGUGUUGCAAGGAAGAGCUCUGUCGGUGUGUAUCCGCAUAGGGAUAUCGAUAUCUGGUGUAUCCCUGUACCAUGGUACAGUCUCCCGGAGAAUCAUGCGAGUGCGGAAAAGUUUUGUAGAGACGUGCGCAAGGCGGCGAAAAGAGGGGACGUGCGUGAAGAUAUGGUGGUAUACUCUGGGUUCCGAGCUGGAGAUGAGAAGCCAGAAGAGCUCUGGGGAAGCAAAGAAACGGCAGACAAGAUUGCAGAGAUGAAAGCCAGCCAAUUUGAUGUUAGCGUUAUCACGAACUAA